CUCGAUGUGCUCCAGCCCUAAAACCCAAGGUCUCUCUUUUGAUGGUUCCCAAGCCCUAACCCUAGAAACCCGCUAGCUCUUGGAUCCCUCUUUCUCUCUCCCUCUCUUCUUCGAAUCGGAGGAUUCGCCGUCGGUGACCAGCGAUCGCUGGGUUCGAAGAAGGUCAUGAAUGGAAGGGUUUGAUCGAAUCUAAAGCCGAGGGAUUUUACCCGUCUUCGUUGUUGGGAAAUUCGGUUGGUCUUCUGUGAGGAGAAAGCCACAACAGCUAUGAUCCGCACAGGACCAAAAGAAACACAAAACCAUGAUAACAACAAUCAGAAAGUAUAUCCUCAACCUGUAGAAGAAAGCAUGAGCAUGAAUCAGAAAAAGGACUCUAUUGAAGCACUAAUAUUGCAAAUUUUCAACAAUAUUUCCUCCUUGAAAACAGCUUACAUCCAGCUUCAGGAUGCUCAUACUCCAUAUGAUCCAGAAAAGAUUCAGGCUGCUGAUAAACUUGUUAUCCAGGAGCUUAUGAAGCUCUCUGAACUAAAGCAUUCAUACAGGGAGAGCAAUCCCAAACCAGCAUCUUCAUCGCCUCAGGACUCCCGUCUAGCUACAGAAAUUCAGGAACAACAGAAUUUGUUGAAAACCUACGAGGUCAUGGUAAAAAAAUUUCAGACCCAAAUUCAGACUAAAGACUCUGAGAUUGUCGAGUUACAGCAACAGAUCCAAGAGUCGAGCCAGAGGAAGUUAAAGCUUGAAAAGAAACUCAAGCAGAGGGGUUUGCUGAACAAGGAUCAAGAAGACUCUGAAGAGGAAAAUAAUUUCUUCUCCAUUGAACUAACACCAAACCUCUUCUGCUCUGCUGUGGAUGCAGCAUAUAAAUCCAUACAUGAUUUCUCUAAACCUUUGAUAAACAUGAUGAAAGCUGCUGGGUGGGACCUUGAUGCAGCAGCCAACUCAAUUGAACCUGCAGUUAUUUAUGCAAAGAGGGCUCACAAGAAGUAUGCAUUUGAAUCACACAUUUGCCAGAGGAUCUUUAGUGGAUUCCAUGAAGAGAGUUUCUCUGUUGAGGCUGGUGAUCUCACUGUGUCCAAUGAGGGUUUCUUUCAUCAGUUUCUGGCUGUAAGAGCCAUGGAUCCACUGGAUAUUCUCAGUCAAAAUCCAGAUUCAGUUUUUGGGAAAUUUUGCCGGAGCAAGUACCUCUUGAUUGUGCACUCAAAGAUGGAGAACUCAUUCUUUGGGAAUCUGGAUCAGAGAAACUAUGUUUUGAGCGGUGGCCAUCCAAGGACACCUUUCUACCAGGCAUUUCUGAAGCUGGCCAAAUCUAUCUGGAUGUUGCACAGGCUAGCAUAUUCUUUUGAUCCAACAGUAAAGGUUUUCCAGGUGAAGAAUGGAGCUGAAUUCUCAGAGGUUUACAUGGAGAGUGUGGUGAAGAACAUAGUUCUUGGUGAGGGAGAUCAGAAGCCAAAGGUUGGUCUUAUGGUAAUGCCAGGUUUUAUGAUCGGGGCCAAUGUCAUCCAAUCCCAAGUCUACCUUUCUGGUGCGAAGUGUGUUGAUUGAAACCUUUUCUGGUCAAAUGUUCUCAAAGAAGUGGAGCACUAUAAGUGCUGUCAGCGUUUUUCUAUUACUUGCAGAGCAAUUAGUUUCUUCAGCAGGGGAUAUAUUCGCUAUCAUGAUCUCUGUAAAUUAUUAUGAGUCUGUUUCAAUUUGUGUUGUUACUGCUUAAUUGCAACUGUAGAUAUAACAUGAUCGGAAGUUGUCCUAUUUCUGUGCUACAUAAAGUUUAUACUUUCCAAGAGCUCAAAGAAGCAUUGCUUACGAAUUCUACGGUUAUGGGACUGCGCUUGGAUUCCAAAAUGUAUGACCUGUAACAUUUCUAGGUGCUAUGUAAUAUUAUGAUUGCUCGGACUGUGUUUGAUUACUGGCCUUUUAACUUAA